GGAGGCGGCAACAUUGUUUCAAGUUGGACAAAUUGACAAGAGUGGGAGACAGACCGCGUUCCAUCCCGACCUGGGGCGGCGGUGCUGGGCCUGGUCUUCCCCUCCUCCGCCCCUGAGAGCCGGGGCCCGCUUUCUGCAGGGUUCCCAGGCUCCCGCUCCAGGGCCGGGCUGACCCGACUCGCUAGCGCUUCAUGGAGAACUUCCAAAAAGUGGAAAAGAUCGGAGAGGGCACGUACGGAGUGGUGUACAAAGCCAAAAAUAAGGUGACGGGAGAAGUGGUGGCGCUUAAAAAAAUCCGCCUGGACACUGAGACAGAGGGUGUACCCAGUACUGCCAUCAGGGAGAUCUCUCUGCUCAAGGAGCUCAACCACCCUAAUAUUGUCAAGCUGCUAGAUGUCAUCCACACAGAAAAUAAACUCUACUUGGUUUUUGAGUUUCUGCACCAGGACCUCAAGAAAUUCAUGGAUGCCUCUGCUCUCACUGGCAUUCCUCUUCCACUCAUUAAGAGCUAUCUGUUCCAGCUGCUCCAGGGCCUAGCUUUCUGCCAUUCUCAUCGGGUCCUGCACCGAGACCUCAAACCUCAGAAUCUGCUCAUUAAUGCGGAGGGAUCCAUCAAGCUCGCAGACUUUGGACUAGCCAGAGCUUUCGGAGUCCCUGUUCGGACUUAUACUCAUGAGGUGGUGACCCUCUGGUACCGAGCACCUGAAAUCCUUCUGGGUUGCAAAUACUACUCCACAGCUGUGGACAUCUGGAGCUUAGGCUGCAUCUUUGCUGAGAUGCACCUAGUGUGUACCCAGCACCAUGCUAAGUGCUGUGGGGAACACAGAAGAAAUGGAAGACACAGUCUCUGCCCGCUGUGCUCCUAUCUAGAAGUGGCUGCAUCACAAGGAGGGGGGAUGACCGCAGUGUCUACCCCACACCCCGUGACCCGCCGGGCCCUGUUCCCUGGAGAUUCUGAGAUUGACCAGCUCUUCCGAAUCUUUCGGACUCUGGGCACACCAGAUGAGGUGGUUUGGCCUGGAGUUACUUCCAUGCCGGAUUAUAAGCCAAGUUUCCCCAAGUGGGCCCGCCAAGAUUUUAGCAAAGUUGUGCCUCCCCUGGAUGAAGAUGGACAGAGCUUGUUAUCGCAAAUGCUGCACUACGACCCCAACAAGCGGAUUUCGGCAAAGGCAGCUCUGGCGCACCCUUUCUUCCAGGAUGUGACCAAGCCAGUGCCCCAUCUUCGGCUGUGAUGUCCUUCCCCAUGCCCCCAAGUCUCACUCCCCCUUUCUUCCAGUGAGGGCCUGAUCUGGCUUGGAGCCCUCUGAUCUUGUCUGGCUGCCUUAACACAUAUUUUAUCCUCUUUGCCAGACAGCUCUGGGGAAUACCAAGAUAGAGGAAAUAGGUGAAAAAUGAAAGGAAACUCGAGAAAGUCAAAGGAAGCUCAGAUGCACUUAAGUCAGUCUGCAUUACUCUCUUCUCACGUCUUAGUUGAUGCUGAGGAGGGGUACUUAAACAGAAAAAGACUGACUCCCCUCGCCUCAUCCAGGAUUUGCCAUGCCAAACGGCCCUCAAUUUUUAGAAUGACAAGAGAUUCCCAUAGCUUCAGCCACUGGCUUCGUGAGGCCGACUUAAAGCAAGAAGGCUAAGUCGGAACUUAUGAAAACCAAGAAAACAAAAGCAUAUGUCGGGGCUUGUUUUAAGGGAUUAGGACUUUUAAAAAAGACACAACCAAUUUAUACCUUUACUAUUUCAUCUUACCUAAGACUUUGACUCAACUCAAUCUUGGUGGUCUCUGUCAGAGUCAGGGAUAGCCUAAGCACUACCAGAUGGCCCUGAAUGUGUAGUAGAAAUGUGUUUUCUGGUCUUAGCUUUCUUGCCUGCUAAGCCCAUUUCACUGUCCUUCUUAAGCCCAAGGGGUGUCUAGGAAGCUCUGGGAUAGGAAUUAGACGACACUGAGUUCUUACAAGACAAGUGAAAGUUUAAUUUUUUUUUUUUUUUGUCUUUCAAAAUGUUUAUCCUUCAGGUGCUAGGGAUCCAGGGAUCCCGUGUUACCAUCUUCCUCCAAAAGCAGCCCUAGGAGUGGAAGUUAGGGUUUAGACAUUGUUUUGAGAAUGAUUAUACCUUUUUUAGGGCUGUGGCUCAGUUGCAGGGGGGAUGGGAGGGAGCAUAGGGAAAAAUAUUUCUUUAAAAGAAGGAUGGAUGAGCAAUUAUAUUUAUAUUUCAGGUUAUAGUAGUUUUUUUAAUGGGAGUGGGUGGAUUUGUUGCCAUGCACACCAUGGGGUUUUGUAAUGCAAAUGUUUAAAAAGAAAACGUAUUUUUUUCCAUUUUUAUGAUUUUUGUCUCUCCCACCUUUUGUCCUUGAGUGUUCUUGCUCUUAACAUUAUUUGUAAUUUAGUUUGUAAUUCAUUAA